AUGGCUGCCGUGCCACAACGGACACUCAACUGGCUCUACAGUGUCCUGAUCCGCGACCACUACGAUCCCCGGCAGACCUACCAAGACCCCAAUCGCACCUAUUCAGAUGUCGCCAAUGUACUCGCCCAGUACCCUUCGCUUUCGCCACGAACCGAAGUCUACACCUACGAGAACGGCUUCUCGGCCCUUCUACUCCAACUGAGCGGCACCGUCCCCGUGUCGUUUCGCGGCACGAUAUACAAGUUUCCGAUCACAUUAUGGGUCCCCAACACCUAUCCGCGAGACCCCCCACUGGUCUAUGUAACACCAACUCAAGACAUGGCCGUUCGAGUCGGGCAGCAUGUGACGUUGGAGGGGAGAGUUUAUCAUCAUUAUCUCGCGCAUUGGACGGAAGCCUGGGAGCGGUCUUCCUUGGUUGAUCUCCUGUUGAUCCUCCGAGAAGUGUUCGCAAAGGAACCCCCCGUCAAAUACAAACAACACCAAGCCCUCCCUGUGCAGCCUCCGCAACCACGACACGUACCAACGCCGCCCCCUCUACCACCCCUCCCCCCAGAGCUGGGGGUUUCAACGAGCCGCUCCCCGACAGUGCAGAAUGCACCCUCCCCUCAAACCGCAUCCCCCGUGCCCCCUGCGCCUCCGCCGAAACCGGGACAAAUGGUGGCUGCGGAACCCCGACAAGCUACCCAGGUCAUACACCAAGGCCCCCCAUCUUCGAUGCCCCCACUGCCGCCGAAGGAGCAGGUCCCCCGACCUCAAUCAUUCCAUCCCCAUGCGGGUUUCACCAGUCCCGCAAACAGAGCUUCGCAAUACCUCCCAGGGCAGACAGACGCGGCACCAGGACCUUCAAUCCAACAUCACUUUCCCCAACAGCAACAGCACCAUUCUAUGGGCCAAGCAAUAUCCCUACAUCCACAAGGACAAGCACCCUUCCGGGCUGACGGAGGUAUAUCCACGAGCCCAACUCCGCAAACCCUCCAGGGUCCGCCACAACAGCCUCCCUAUGUCUCCGGUCAACAACCUCUUCCUCACCCAGCAUACCAGCAACCCAAUGGCCGGUUUCCACAAUCCCCUCUCCCACCAUCCCACCCUUCCCCACAUUAUGGUGCUCCCCCACCAGUCCCGACGACCCAGCCGGCACCACGACCCAAACCCGAACAAGUGGAUCUCCUCACCUCGCCAUUUGAAGUCGAGCUGCCCUCGAUUGCACCCACAGGCCCGGCGCCGCCCAUUCCACCCAACCCCGAGAAAGACGCACUCUUGCACGCAGUGUCCAAAACGCUCGCCCAGACCCUCCAAACCAACAUCGCGCAGUCCGAAUCCGCCGCACACUCCCUGCAGUCCCAGUCUCACUCUCUCCACGCCGCAAUAGCCACCUUGCAAGGCGAAAUCUCCUCCCUGAAGGACUUCAACGCCACCCUGCAAUCCAACACCUCCAUCUUGCAGCAAUCCCUCCACCGCGCCGACGGCGUCAUCGCCGACGCCCAGAGCCGCAUCGCCUCGUCCAACCCACAAGCAAGCACAGACCCCGUCGCGUCCGGUCUGCCGUCCGUCGACGAGAUCCUCGUCGCCCCAACCGUCGUGGGCAAACAGCUCUACGACCUCGUCGCCGAGGAACGCGGCAUCCAACAGGCCAUCUACGCGCUGCAGGCGGCCCUGGUGAAGGGUGUGAUUGGCGUCGAGACAUGGUCUCGGCAUACGCGUGGCCUUGCCCGUGAAGCGUUCUUAAAACGGGCUCUCAUUCGGAAGAUUGGGAGGGGGAUGGGUUUGGAGGAGUAUUAG